AUGAUUUUAGGUAUGGAAGACCAAAAGUGUGUGCUACCUAGAGGAAAGGGAGUAGGAGGUACUACUUUGGUAAAUUCCCUACAAUAUGUACGAGCAAACCCAGAGAACUUUAACCAAUGGUCAAGAAUGCUCAAUGAUCCUUCAUGGUCGUAUGAAAACAUGUUGGAUUAUUUUAAAAAAUCUGAAAAUUUUCAUUGGACCAAUCCAGAAGCACCUGUAGAUUUAAGUUAUCAUGGAACAAAUGGUCUUCUUACAGUGGAACAUGCGAUAAUUAAUAAUCCCCUUACUGAUUUAUUCUUAGACGCAAAUAGAGAUUUAGGAAUUAAUAUAACAGACUAUAACAGCCCGUCGCAAGUAGGGGCAUCAAUAACACAAUUAUAUACAAAUAAAGGUAGGAGAGAGGAUAUGGGGAGCAUAUUCGUCAAACCAUUUUUAGAAAGACGAAAUCUUAAAGUUCUAACGGGAAGUUAUGUUACGAAAGUGGUCAUUAACAAAGAAACUAAAAUAGCUGAGAGUGUUAUGUUUACCAAGGGAGGUAAAACGUAUAAUGUGGGAGCAAACAAAGAGAUUAUUAUUUCUGGAGGGGCAAUUGCUAGUCCCCAAAUUCUUAUGUUAUCUGGAGUAGGACCAAAAAGACAUUUAGAAGAUGUUGGUGUUGAUGUAAUUCAAAAUUUGGAAGUAGGUACUCGAUUCAAAGAGCAUGCUUUAACAACAAAUCUAUAUUUUUCUUCGAACUUAUCAAUACCUAUUGAACCUAUGGGAGAUCAGUUAAGAGAUUUUCUGCAUCAUACUGGAAGUUUAACGGCUAGUACUUCAUCGCAAAGUGUUGGAUUUUAUAAUUUCGAAAAUAGAGAUGGUCAUUUGCCUAAUGUAGCAAUGUUUAUUGAUACCCAUCAAACUAAUUUAUUUGAAAAAAAUUUUUUAAAGUGGAAAUAUGAAUAUUAUAAAACUUUAAGUAAUAUUAAACUUAGUACUCCAUUGAGAUUUAUGAUAUUACAUAUGACUACAAAAGCCAAUGGUACUAUAAGAUUAAAGAGCAAUGAUCCAUUUGACUACCCACUUAUAAACCCCAAUUUACUUACAAAUCAAGAAGAUAUGUUGGAAAUAUACAGGGCGAUCAAUUUUUUAUUUAAAAUUAUAGAGACACCUACAUUUAAGAAAUAUAAUUUAAAAUUUGCAACUCCUACUUUAGCUGCAUGUAAUCACUGUAAGUAUGAUACCAAAAAAUGUUGGGAAUGCUUUAUGAAAGAAUUGACCAUGCCAGGAUAUCAUCCUAUGUCUUCAUGUCCGAUGGGUGCAGACCCAAGCGGAGGAGCAGUUGUCGAUAACAAUCUUAAGGUGUUUGGUGUGAAUAAAUUAAGAGUUGCAGAUGCUAGCGUUUUUCCAGGACCUAUAUCAGGAUACCCCAGUAUGAAUUGUUUAGUUAUAGGAGAGAAACUUGCAGACGUGAUUAAAAAAGAGUACGGUGUAAUUUAA